UUUUUUCCCCUGACAUGCCUGAAAAGUUGAACUUUAGACACAUCUGAGGAGUGUCUGUGGGCUGGAGCAAAGCUGGAUUUUCUCAGUGACUUUGACUACAGCUGUUGAGUUUUCUCAUUUACAUCAGGAGGACUGAACUUGUGCACUUCUCACAGAGGCCAGAGGACUGCUGAAAGACAAACUUCAGUAACUUUCUGCCUAAAAAGAAAGAGAUCAAGACUCAAGACGUGACAAGGUUUUCUUUCAGCUUAAAAACCUCAUGGCUCAGAGUCCCCUAGAGUCACGUCCUGUGAUUGUCUUUGGAGUGUGGACGGACAUCGCAGAGAGAGGGAACGUUUGAGUCAACCUCACCAGCAACUGAGCAAAGGACAAAAGGCGUCUGGUUGUCUAGUCAUCCACUGAAGCCGUCAGUGUGGACCAUGUGUGCUGCAGCUUUGGAGGAAUACUGUGGCUCCAUUUUCUGGAAUGCUUCAUAUCUGGAUAGAGAAGACCCAGAUUUCCCAGUGUGUCUGGAGCAGACGGUGCUGGUCUGGAUUCCUCUAGGGUUCCUGUGGCUCUGUGCCCCAUGGCACCUGCUGUCUCUCUGCAGAAGGACACAGGUGAACACAAAACACCUGUCCAAGCUCUACAUCUGCAAACAGCUUGUGGUGUCUCUGUUGUUUCUGACGGCCAUAGCGGGCCUGGCGGUCACAUUAGGGGAGGAUUAUGGUCCAAACAAAGACCCAUCAUCAACAACGAAACACCCUGGUGUAUACUAUGCAAACCCUGUCCUGUAUGCUGUUACAUGGAUCCUUGUGCUGCUGUGUCAGGAAGGAGUCAGACGAAGGGAAAGAGCAGUAGACUCUAGCACUCUUUUCCUCUUCUGGUCGGUCCUUGUUCUGUGUGACAUUUUCCCUUUCCAGACCCUCCUUCGCGAGGCACUCAGGCAGGGGGAAAUCAGUAAUGUUCCUCGUUUCUGCCUUUUCUACAUUUCCUUUGGGCUGGAACUGAUUGCACUUCUUUUGUCUGCUGUGGCUGAUAUCCCUCCAGAAGCCGAGGAGCUUGUGAAGAAGAAUCCUGAGGCAGGUGCAGCAUUUUUGAGCAGAAUCACAUUCAACUGGCUUAACAGUAUGGUGACAAAAGGAUAUAAGCGGCCCUUGGUUCAGGAGGAUAUGUGGGAUCUGAACGAGGCAGAGAGCACUGCUUACAUCAACCAGCACUUCCAGCAUUUCAUGCAGUCAGAGCUGGGCGCAGCUCGGGUCCGCUUCCAAGCCCAGUUGAAGAAGAAGCCCGGAGACAAAGCCCAGGAAGAGGCCUUUCAAAAUGGCCUCUCCAACGGUCUGGGGAAGGGCAUCAGUCAGGAUGUGUUGAUGAUGGAAGAAAAAGGAAAGAAAGAAGAAGAAAAGAAGAAGAAAAAGGACAAAAAGAAAGAGGAGGAGAAUUAUCCCAAUUCAUGGCUGAUUACCACCAUUUACAAAACCUUUAAAUGGAUUCUCAUCGAAUCUGCCCUCUUCAAACUUCUGCAGGACCUGUUGGCUUUUGCCAGUCCUCAACUCCUAAAAUUGAUGGUCUCCUUUAUUCAGGAUAAAUCCAGAUAUGCCUGGGAAGGGUAUCUGUAUGCAGUGCUGCUGUUAGCAGUGGCCCUUCUGCAGUCUCUGUUCCUGCAGCAGUACUUCCAGCGUUGCUUUGUGUUGGGGAUGAAGGUUCGCACUGCCAUCAUGGCUGCUGUGUACAAAAAGGCAUUGGUGGUGUCUAAUGACACUCGUAAAGAGUCAACAGUUGGGGAAACAGUGAACCUGAUGUCAGCAGAUGCCCAGCGAUUCAACGAAGUGACCAACUUCAUCCACCUGCUGUGGUCCUGUCCCCUGCAGAUCAUCCUGGCUAUUGUUUUUUUGUGGCUGGAGUUAGGACCUUCUGUGUUGGCAGGACUGGCAGUCAUGGUGCUAAUGGUGCCAAUCAAUGGACUACUAGCAACCAAGGCUAGAAAUAUCCAGAUAGAGAUAAUGAAAUUCAAAGACAAGAGACUGAAAAUCAUGAACGAAGUACUCAAUGGGAUCAAGAUUCUGAAGCUGUAUGCAUGGGAGCCAUCCUUUCAGGCACAGGUGGAAAGCAUUAGGGGGCAAGAACUAAAUGUCAUGAAGAAUUUUGCCUACCUGUCAUCUGUCUCUACCUUCAUCUUCACCUGUGCUCCUGCUCUGGUUUCUCUGGCUACAUUUGCAGUGUUUGUAGGGGUGAGCUCAGAAAAUGUGCUGACUGCUGAGAAAGCUUUCACCUCCAUCUCACUUUUCAACAUCCUCCGAUUUCCCCUGGCCAUGCUGCCCAUGCUCAUCGCGGCCAUUGUGCAAACAACUGUAUCUAAGAGGCGCCUGGAGAAGUUUCUGGGAGGUGAAGACCUUGACAGUGGUAUUGUGCAGCAUGACUCCAGUUUUAACACUGCAAUCAGUGUAUGUGAUGGAUCCUUUGCUUGGGAAAAAGAAGCUGAGCCUCUGUUGAAAGAUGUGUCCUUAGACAUAAAGCCAGGUCGGUUGGUAGCAGUCGUGGGGGCUGUGGGCUCAGGAAAGUCCUCUCUCAUGUCAGCCCUCCUCGGAGAGAUGCACAGCACCAAAGGCUUUAUCAAUAUUCAGGGUUCCCUUGCGUUUGUUCCACAACAAGCCUGGAUCCAGAAUGCCACUUUGAGGGAUAAUAUUCUGUUUGGCUCUCCCCAUGAGGAAAGGAGGUUCCAGGAAGUGAUCCAGGCCUGUGCCCUGGGCCCUGACUUGGAGCUGCUGGCUGGUGGAGACCUCACUGAGAUUGGAGAGAAGGGCAUCAACCUCUCAGGAGGUCAGAAGCAACGUGUUAGCUUGGCCAGGGCAGCUUACAGUCAGGCUGAUAUUUAUCUACUGGACGACCCCUUGUCUGCAGUGGAUUCUCAUGUAGGAAAGCAUCUCUUUGAUAAAGUGAUUGGACCCAGUGGACUACUCAAAGAUAAGACUCGUAUCCUGGUGACUCACGGCGUGAGCUUCCUGCCUUUCGUAGAUGAAAUAGUAGUCUUGCAGGAUGGAGUGGUGACUGAGAUUGGAUCCUACAACAGCCUUCGUGCAAGCAGAGGAGCUUUUUCUGAGUUUCUAGACACGUAUGCGAAAGAGCAAAGUAAUCAGACCCAAUCUGAGUCAGAUCGUUGCCAGGAUACUGUAGACAUAGAGCUCAUCCCUGAAAGAGAGGACACUCAACCCGACUCUCCUUUGGAGGACACUGUUUCUGUUACACUGAAGAGAGAAAACAGCAUCCGCCGCAGCCAGCGCAAUGGCAGUGUCAGACUAAGAAAAAACAGCUCUAUAAGAAAACCAGAGAAUGCUGAUGAAUCAAAGAAAGGACAGAGGCUAAUAGAGAAGGAAACUAUGGAAACGGGACAGGUGAAGUUCUCAGUGUUCCUUCAGUACCUGCGAGCCAUGGGCUGGGGAUAUGCUGUCACAGUCUUCCUGCUUUACUUCACCCAAAAUGUUGCUUUCAUCGGUCAGAACUUAUGGCUGAGUGACUGGACAAAUGAUGCAGUGGAGUACUACAACAGAACAUACCCCUCCUGGAAAAGAGAUACCAGGGUGGGCGUGUUCGGAGCUCUUGGAGUGGUUCAGGGCCUCUUUGUGUUCCUUGGUACAUUGUCCCUAGCCAAUGCCUCAGUCGCUGCUUCUCGUAUCCUGCACUCAAGGCUACUUAACAACAUUCUGAGAGUUCCCAUGUUAUUCUUUGACACUACGCCAAUUGGAAGAGUGGUCAACCGCUUUGCAAAGGACAUUUUCACAGUAGAUGAAGCCAUUCCCCAAUCCUUCCGUUCCUGGGUCCUGUGUCUGCUGGGUGUACUGGGAACACUCUUUGUCAUCUGUCUGGCCACCCCUUUCUUCACUAUCGUCAUCGUUCCUCUGGCGUUGGUCUACUACUUUGUACAGCGCUUCUACGUAGCCACUUCAAGACAGCUCCGUCGGCUGGACUCAGUGUCUCGCUCUCCCAUAUACUCUCACUUCAGUGAGACAGUCUCGGGUCUGUCUGUGAUAAGAGCAUACGGCCAUCAAGAGAGGUUUCUUAAACACAAUGAAAUAACUAUUGAUGAAAACCUCAAGAGCGUCUACCCAUGGAUAGUGUCAAACAGAUGGCUGGCUAUCCGUUUGGAGUUCCUGGGAAACCUGGUGGUGUUUUUCGCGGCUCUGUUUGCUGUUAUUUCCAGAGAUUCUCUGGACAGUGGCCUGGUUGGCCUGUCAAUAUCCUAUGCCCUUAAUGUAACACAGACCCUCAACUGGCUGGUGAGAAUGACAUCAGAGCUGGAGACCAAUAUCGUAGCUGUGGAACGAGUGAGUGAAUACAGUGAGAUAGAGAAUGAGGCUCAGUGGGUAAAUAACACUCGGCCUCCAGAGAAGUGGCCUGAGGAAGGAAGGCUACAGUUUAAAAACUAUAAGGUCCGUUACAGACCUGGAUUAGACCUGGUGCUGCAUGGAAUCACCUGUGACAUCGGCAGUACCGAGAAGAUUGGUAUAGUGGGCCGCACAGGAGCUGGGAAAUCAAGCCUAACAAACUGCCUGUUCAGAAUUAUUGAAGCUGCUGAAGGUCACAUCCUAAUUGACGAUAUUGAUAUCUCCACAAUAGGCCUGCAUGAUCUGAGAAACAGGCUCACGAUCAUACCACAGGAUCCAGUGUUGUUCUCCGGGACCUUGAGGAUGAACCUUGAUCCAUUUGACAAAUUUAGUGAUGAGGAUAUUUGGAGAGUGCUUGAACUUUCCCAUCUGAAGGACUACGUAGCAGGGCUGCAGGAAGGAUUACAACAUGAAGUCGCAGAGGGAGGCGAGAACCUCAGUGUUGGGCAGAGGCAGCUGCUGUGUCUGGCUCGAGCACUGCUGAGAAAGUCUCGUAUCUUAAUCCUGGAUGAGGCCACAGCAGCUGUUGACCUGGAGACAGACAACCUGAUUCAGAAUACCAUCCGCAAGGAGUUUUCACACUGCACUGUCCUCACUAUUGCCCACCGUCUGCAUAGCAUCAUGGACAGCUCCAGAGUAAUGGUGCUUGAUGCAGGUAAAAUUGUGGAAAUCGAUUCACCGAGCAACCUGCUUAAAAAACAAGGCCAUUUCUAUGCCAUGGCAAAGGAUGCUGGAAUAACAAUAGAGGAUAUCACAGUUCUCUAAUUUUACAUUUUUCCUCUUUUUUUAUCAGGAUGAUUAAAUACCAUAAAUUACUUCUAUUGUUUGAUUUAAAAAGCUGGGCUAUACUUUGAUUUUUGAAAUAUUGCAAUAUUUGUAUUUAUAGGAAACAAUAUAAAGAAAUCAUAUCCCAUAUGUAAAUUAAUUUUAUAUGUAAACAAUAAAUAUUCUUUCUCAAAUUA